AUGCCAGACCCAGACUCUGUCUCCAACAACUCCUCUUUGCUCUUUUCCUCUGACGAUGAACAUAGCAGUGGCCACUACGAUGUGGAUGAUCUUCGCGGAGAAGAUGAUGAUUAUUUCCAACAAUGUUAUAUCUGCGGCUACGCGUUCUACUUGAAUAGGCUUUCACCAGACGCACACGACUUGAAUCAUGUCACCUUCCGCCAUCCCAAAAAGGGUAUCUGCAAAGCCCAAAAAUUAGAGAAUUUGGAUAUGUAUGGCGAUUAUCAGUCAUUGUGGUGGAUGCCUCGUCGGAUGAUUCUACACAACAUUAAAAACGAUGGGUGCCAGAUAUCCGGCGUUACCAUACCACGAAUAAAUUAUGGCACCUUCUUUGUACCUUGGAAGAAGACUGAUGGUUUGAUCUACGAGCCUCGUACAAGUGAGCAAAGGCGGAAGGUGGUCAUGCCGAUGGUUAAGGUUAUGAUCGAUGAAGAAGGUCAUACCCUCAUGAGCGGGUAUGAAGACGAUAUUUCCCAUGACUGGAUGGGAUAUCCAGUCCACGCACGGUGCUGGGAACUGCUCAUGCACCACAAGCUAGGCGAUAUUGCGAACAAGAACCUGAAGGUUCUCAUGUUAGCUUUAAUACAGAGGCAUGAGGAGAACUCGUGGAGACGGGUGUGUGGGAUGCCAGACGAGUGGUUUGGAGACCCGGUCCGGACUGAGUGUGUCAAAACAGCGCUGGAGCAGACUACUCAAAAGCGAACUAGAAACAAAGGGAAGAUUUUUCAACCGAAAGGUACUCCGAAGGUCCGAGAGUCUAUGCUUCUGCUUCUCCCAUGGGAGAUAUUGAAUAUGAUUUUCGGUUUUCUGCCUUCUCAGGGAGUUAUCAAUGUACAAAGAGCCCUCCAUCUAACCUUGGACGAUGACUUCUGGCACUCACGGAUAAGCACCAAAAUCUUCCAUGAAGUGAAAACACCCACGCCCCGAAUUGAUUGGAAGCACUUAUGCCUGAAACUGGAAAGACGACUGGAGAAGUCUGAGGCAUUAGCUACACGGCAACGCCUACUAGCUUGUUUAGAUGAGAUAUAUUCAUUGUGUAGCACAACUCAAUACGAGUCUAACUAA